AUGGCUCUUGUUCUGUGCUAUGUCAAUAAAGAGGGUGAACUUAUUGAGCGAUUCCUUAGUCUUGUUCAUGUUAAAGGUACAACUGCGCAUGCAUUACAAAAAGAAAUAUAUUCUUUGCUUUUACAACAUUCAUUGAGUUCAUCUCUAAUACGGGGACAAGAGUAUAAUGGAGCUAGUAACAUACAAGGAAACAUCAAUGGUCUUAAAGCUUUAAUUCUAAAAGAUAAUCCUUCGGCACAUUGCUUUACUCAUCAGUUGCAAUUGACUCUUGUAGCUGUUGCAAAGAAACACCAUGAUGUAAAUAAUGUUUUGAUAUUCUUGCUAAUAGGUUUUUGUGCUGCUAUUGAUUUGCAACUUUCGGAGCUUAACAGUCGUUUUAGUGAAGUGAAUACUUCUCCGCUUCUCGGUAUGGUUAGUUUGAGUCCCGAUGAUUCUUUUGCGAAUUAUGAUAAAAACAAGAUUAUGAAACUUGCUACAUAUUAUCCAAAUGAGUUCACUGCUUCUAAGCUUGAAGAUCUUAGUUAUGAGCUUGGCAACUAUAUUGACUAUGUGCGAGAAAUGGACAAUGCAUUCUCUAACUUGAAAGAGCUUGGUGAUCUGUCGAAGGCAUUGGUUAAAAUAAAUAUUCACAAGACAUGGGGACUUGUUUAUUUGCUUGUGAAGCUGAGUUUGAUAUUACCUGUGGCUACUGCAACGGUUGAAAGAGCUUUUUCUUCAAUGAAGUUUAUUAAAAAUGAUUUACGAAGCAGGAUUGGUGAUGACUUCUUGAAUGAUUGUUUAGUUUGUUUUAUAGAGGAUGAAGUAUUUGAAAGUGUAUCUAAUGAUGCGAUCAUUGAUCGUUUUCAAAACAUGACAACUCGUCGAGUGCAAGUGAAAUGA